GCGGGCGGGGAGGGGCCGGCGGACCCCGGGGAGGGGGCUCUCGUCCUCCCUCGGCCCCUCGGAGCGUCGCGGGCGCGGCGGGCUUGCUCCUCAGCCCCGCCAUUACCUGCGGCCGAGACCCGCCGCCGGCGAGGUGGGUUGAAUACCUUCUAGGAUACUUUCUGAGUCUCUCCAUGGCAACAGGACAUCACCUCUAAAUGAUUGCUCCGGAAAGAAUGACAUUCGUGGCCAUUGCUGCGGCUCUGGGUUGUACUUUCAGGGACUCUUAACCUAUGGUGUGAACCUCGCAAAUGUCGUCCAAUGACGGAAGACCAAGGAAUCGGGACAGGCACUACGACGAGGUCCCAAGGGAGGUGGACUCUCGGGAUGGCACCGUAAGAACCUUCCAGACGCUUCACAACAGCGAGCUGGCCGUGAGCGCUGAUCCGUUGCCACCACCCCCUCUCCCAUUACAGCCACCAUUCGGCCCAGACUUCUACUCAAGUGACACAGAGGAACCAGCCAUCGCACCGGAUCUCAAGCCGGUUCGGCGCUUUGUCCCUGAGUCCUGGAAGAACUUCUUCAGAGGGAAGAAAAAGGACCCCGAGUGGGAUAACCCGGUGUCUGACAUCAGGUACAUCUCUGAUGGAGUCGAGUGUUCUCCUCCAGCCUCUCCUGCCCGAGCAAACCACCAUUCACCCCGCAACUCCUGCGAAGAUCCUCACGGCGGGUCCCUGGGCAGCUGCGCGUCCCGGAAGGAGGCUGAGGCCAUGUUUCCCCACGACCCCUACGGGUCCCUAGGGCGACACACGCACACCGCCCGCACCUACAGCGAGAAGGUGGAGGAGUAUCACCUGAGGUAUUCCUACAUGAAGUCCUGGGCAGGCCUGCUGCGCAUUCUGGGUGUGGCGGAGCUGCUGCUGGGGGCCGGCGUCUUCGCCUGUGUCACAGCCUACAUUCACAAGGACAGCGAGUGGUACAACUUGUUUGGAUACUCGCAGCCCUACGGCGCGGCAGGCGUCGGCGGCCUGGGCAGCAUGUACGGGGGCUAUUACUACAGUGGCCCCAAGACCCCCUUUGUGCUCGUGGUUGCCGGCUUGGCUUGGGUCACCACCAUCAUCAUUCUGGUGCUUGGCAUGUCCAUGUACUAUCGGACCAUCCUUUUGGACUCGAAUUGGUGGCCCCUCACUGAAUUUGGGAUCAACGUCUCCUUGUUCAUUUUGUACAUGGCUGCAGCCAUCGUCUAUGUGAACGAUACCAACCGAGGUGGACUCUGCUACUACCCGUUAUUUAACACACCAGUGAACGCGGCCUUCUGCCGGGUGGAAGGAGGGCAGAUAGCAGCGAUGAUCUUCCUCUUUGUCACCAUGAUUGUGUAUCUCAUUGGUGCCUUGGUUUGCCUGAAGCUGUGGAGGCACGAGGCGGCCCGGAGGCACAGGGAAUACAUGGAACAGCAGGAGAUAAGUGAGCCAUCAUUGCUAUUGAAAAGAAAAAUGUGUGACCUGGCCACUGCUUGUGACAGGCAGAGAGACCAAGAAGUUCACUGUAAAGAAUUGAGAGCAACAAAAAUGAAACCUGAACUACUGAGUGGACACAUCCCUCCAGGCCACAUCCCUAAACCUAUCGUGAUGCCGGACUACGUGGCGAAAUACCCUAUGAUUCAGACAGAUGAUGAACGAGAACGCUAUAAAGCUGUGUUCCAAGACCAGUUUUCGGAAUACAAGGAGCUCUCCGCGGAAGUUCAGGCCGUCUUGAAGAAGUUUGAUGAGCUGGAUGCGAUGAUGAGCAGACUGCCGCAUCGUUCAGAAAACCAGCAGGAACAUGAGAGAAUUUCAAGAAUCCACGAAGAGUUCAAGAAAAAAAAGAAUGAUCCUACAUUUCUGGAAAAAAAGGAACGCUGUGAUUAUCUGAAGAAUAAGCUUUCCCACAUAAAGCAAAGGAUUCAAGAAUAUGACAAAGUAAUGAAUUGGGACAUACAAGGUUAUUCUUAAAACCUAUUUGAAACCGCUUUUUUAAAACAAGCUUUAUAUUUAUUUACCAUCUUUUUUAUGCCAACCUGUGUGAUAGAGAAGCACAUGCCUCCUGGAUCAGCUUCUGGUUGGUUCAGCUGGAAUGCCAUGUGAAAGCAGUGUGGGAUUUGAGACAUUGUGAAACAAACUGAAAUUUACUAAGGGCUUUUACUAGGCAUAGAAGACAUUCUGUAUUCAUCUGUGUACCAUUUAUCUUAUUAAAACUGAUUUAGAGAUUCUGUCCUUCUAA